AUGCUGCGCAUUGCGUGUUCCAUUCUGAAACCGUUCAGUCGGAGGCUGACUCCGACGCUGUCCACAGUCACAGUCAUGCGACAGAGUUCUGCGGUUGUCAAGGAAACGCCCGAAGAAUUCGAUCAGCGAUACGUUGAUUUUUUUAAUCAACCCGAUAUCGACGGCUGGCUCGUAAGAAAAGGUAUUGGAGCCUGUUGGUUAUUGACAUCAGUGCCUACCUUUGUGCUACUGUUUACUGGCUUUUAUGAAUCUUGGUAUUGGCUGUAUAAUCUUGCUAAAGGUUUAUACGAAUUGCACAAAGAGGAUGUUAUUCCUGAGCCGAAAAUCGUUGCCGCUGCUCUGAGAGCAUGUCGUCGUGUUAACGACUACGCAUUGGCCGUUCGGUUUCUAGAAGCGGUGCGGCUAAAGUGUGGCCGAAAAGCGAAUAAAAUAUAUCCCUACGUCAUUCAAGAGGUGCGGCCUGUUUUGGAUGAACUUGGAAUUAGCACACCUGAAGAAAUGGGCUACGAUAAGCCAGAGUUGUUUUGGCCGUCUUCCUCCUGGUGGCCUGAGGAGUACUAUGAAAUUUACAACAUCCCAAAAUACAGUUAUUGCCCUUAUUAUAAAUAA